GAAGCGGGCAGAUCUGACUCCCUUUGACAGUCUGGGGUCAUUCGGUUAGUGGGUGGUGUAGGGGCGGUGGGCCGAGUUGCAGCAAGCAAAAAUAGAGAACUCUCAAGUUCGCCGAUACGAGGCCGAGAGGCUGAGCAGGCUCCAUCUUGUCCCCCAGCCAUCCAGGGGAUUUUGAAGCCGAUCCGGCGCCAUGUUAGUUACGGGAAUGAGCAGCCAUUUUCCGCUUUUCAUCCUUUGGUACCUGUCAUUGACUGGGCCACCGGGCUGGUUGUUUUGUGGGAAAAAAGAGAAGUCUCUAUGGUUGGGACGUGUUGCUGGGGUGAUUGCCGACAGGGGUGAAGGGUGCGCAAGCGCGACCGGCCUGCCCGGCAGUGGCCGGGUCUUAGGACCUCGCGCAUCCCCUUUGUUUCCCGCGGGCGCGCGGGCCCCACGGAGGGGGCGGGGGAGGGAGGGGCCGCGAGCGUGCUCCCCGGGGGCGGGGCUCCCCGCGCGCCUUCUCCUUCGCCGCCGAGGGGCAGGGCCCCCGCGCCCCCGCCCCUCCCCACGCGCCGAUCCCGCCGCUCCGGCGCGCGCACACUCGCGAGCCCCGGCGACAUGCAAAUGAGCCCGGCUCCAGAGCUCAGGCCCAAGUCCCCCACUGCUCAAUGGACACCCCCAGCCCAGACCAGUUGCCUUCGCCUUUGCCCCAGGAGGAAGAAAACCCUCUGGCCUUGCCGCCUCCUGUUCGUCGGGGCCGCCGGGGCCGCCCUCCCGGUACUGCUGCCUCCUCGCACUGGACGCUCAAGGCCUCCUUCUCCCGUAAGCGGGGCCGGCCCCCCAAACCAGGGCAGGAGCCCCCGCUGGUGCAGGGGCCCAUGGCCCCGGUGGACAGCGGCGGGGGUAGCGACCUGCUGUUAAUCGAUGAUCAGGGUGUGCCCUAUACAGUCUCUGAAGGGUCAGUGGCAGGUGGGACCGAGGGCUCGGGUCCCAAGAAGGCGCGGCACUUCUGCCCAGUGUGCCUGCGGGCCUUCCCCUACCUCUCUGACCUGGAGCGCCACAGCAUCUCGCACUCGGAGCUGAAACCGCAUGAGUGCAAGGACUGUGGCAAGACCUUCAAGCGGUCCAGCCACCUGCGGCGGCACUGCAACAUCCACGCUGGCCUGCGGCCCUUCCACUGUCUGCUCUGCCCGCGCCGCUUCCGCGAGGCUGGCGAGUUGGCGCACCACCAUCGGGUGCACUCGGGGGAGCGGCCCUACCAGUGCCCCGUCUGCCGGCUGCGCUUCACCGAGGCCAACACGCUCCGGCGCCAUGCCAAACGCAAGCACCCAGAGGCCAUGGAGGCACCCGUGUGUCCCCCGGACCCAGGACCUGAGCUGCCAUGGGACGACGAGGGCAUCCCGGCCACUGCUGGCGCCGAGGAGGAGGAAGAGGAGGAGGAGGAGGAGGAGGAGGAGGAGGAGGAGCCACAGGAGAGGAAAGAGCUGGCCUGACCCACAAGCUGGGCCCCCUCGCCCCCUACCAGGCCUUGUGCUGGCUGGGCUGCUGCUGGGCCGUGGUUGGGGGGGCUGGGACUACCUCCUGUCUCAUGGCCUUUCGUUUGUGGGAGGGGGUUAAGGGUGAGGGCCUCGGUAUUGGGGUCCCAUCACUCUCCAUCACCCUGCCUAGGACUGACAGGCCCUCGGAGCCAGGGGCCAUGGAAAUAAACCUCUGCCCACUGGCAUCGUGUGUUUUCAGUGACAGUACUGGGGCUAGCUGCCUCUUCUUUCUGGGAUCCCCUCCACUUUCCUGUGGGAGGAUCCCCGUGUCACAUGCUGCCUUUCCCUGGGCACUGAAGAGUGAGUUGGAGGAAGCCUUUGCCCCCGUCCCAUCCCCUCAGACUCAAGUACUCCCGUGAAUAUUCACUUAAAGCAAGAACUUGGAUCUUCUGUGUACAUGUAGAUCCUCAUCCCCAUUCCGGCCAGAAUCACCGGAGUUCAGUUAGGACUCUGUCCUAACCUGUCCAGAAGCUGUUUGAGGAGUGGUGUGGUGCUGGGGGC